GAGGACCUGGAGGACUUUAGAGUUGUAUUGUCGACAAACGAUCCUCGUGUGACUGUCGACCCUUCAGAGGGCACCGUUACUAUAGUGGAUGAUGAUGAUAUCAUGGCCACUAUUGGGUUCAGGGAGCCAUCCUACACAGUGGUGGAGGGAGAGGGGAGUGUGACUGUGGAGGUGGAGCUUCGCUCUGGCACCAUUCCACCCGGCAACGAGGUGGUCGUCACUUUCUCCACUGCUAACCAGGGCGCAGUAGCUCCUGGUGACUACACUUCACGCCAGAUGCCACUGACAUUCUCGUCGACAAGUACCAGGAUCCCAGUCACCAUUCCCAUCAUUGACGACAGCGAUAUCGAAGACAUUGAGAGGUUUCUGGCCAAUCUUCAAAUCGACGCCAACGACUUCCCCGACAUUACGGUGGAGCCUGAACAAGCCACCAUCGACAUCAUCAGCAAUGAUGUGAGAAUUGGGUUCACUCAGACGGAAAACACAGUGUCAGAGGCUGAUACGGGAGUGGCACUAACUCUGAGGGUACUGGAAGGAACUAUUUCCCCCCAGCUGGGCAAUAUCCCCGUGACUGUCUCCACUGCUGAUGUCACUGCCACUGAUGGGGCAGAUUACUUUGGAUUCUCAAGGCAGACCUUCACGUUCAACUCGGGCCAAAUGGAGCAGACUUUCAGCAUCCCC